AUGGCGCUGAAGUCGGGGUUGAGUUUUUGUGAUUUUGUUGUUUGUCAACCGUUGACCUGGGGCAGGUGCGAUCGGCCAGUUGGUCACUGGACGAGAGAAAGAAGGGCGCGAGACAACGGGGCGGAAGCUAAUUCUGUUAUUUGGACGAAGGGACGAAGAGCUGGCUGGUACGCUGGUGGGACGUCACUCACUGCCUCCACCAAGCAAGCAGCACUGUCUUCCUGUCAUCGGCACCUUGUCACCAACCAGCUUCACUCUGUGCAAGGGCAAGAGACUGAACCAAGGCCCUGGAUAUUCGAGACAGUAAUAAGGGAUACAGGAUGGGGCCCAAACCCGCGCAAUGCUUCUGCGGCCAAGUGGCCAAGUAUCGCUGUUCCGCCUGUCCUGUGCGAUAUCGCGUGCUACAAGCAGCAUAAAGGGAAAGAUGCGCCUGCUCCGAGUCUCGAGGCGUCGAAACCUGCAGUCGAGCCGGGCAAGGCCACGGAUGAUCGGCCGACAGCCGACGCGGUCACGAGCGACGAGGGAGACCAGGGAGUCGACAGAGGGGAGGGAGGGGAGGGAGGGGAGAGAGUGGAGGGAGAGAAGGAAGGCAGCAGAGGAGAGGGAGAGGAGAAGACGGAUCAGCCACUGAAGAAGCUGACGGACCUAAAGUGGCCACCAGAACCCGACGAGUCCAUCUUCUCAGACCCACUGAAGCGGGAAGAUCCAAAACCACUCCGACACGCAGAACUGGAGCGGAUCGAGCGAGCUAAUCCCAGCCACAUCCCCCGAUCUGCGCUCCCUCCUGUCAAACCCGACCCUCCGCGCAGUCCUCAGCGCUCUGGACAGUUUCCAAUCCCCCAAAUCGCGGCACGUGACUCACAGUCUCUCGCCAAACCCGCCGCGUCGGCGCUGAUGGAGCGUCACUCUCCUCCACCCCUGCACGCUCUCCUGGGCGCUCUCGACGACUCCUCCCCUGCCUCUACACCCACAGUUGAAGGAAUGGGCUCCGGGGGCAGGGACGACUGGGGCGCCUCGGGGUGGUGGCUUGGCUACAACGAGAAGAGGGUCUGGGUCGGGCCCGAAGAGCGACGGCUUAUGCGAUUAUGGGCCGACGCCGUCUCGGAGGCGAUUGGCGGAUGGGGCAUGCGCGAGGGACAGUUGGCCUGGGAGGUAUAA